AAGAAGUUUUGUUUUGAUAUAAAUAUUUUACUUGGAAAUUUUUGUAGACAGUUUACUCUAAAAUAUAUGAAAAAAAGAUGAAUGUACUGGAUAAUAUUUAUUAUACGGGUCUCGCCGACAAUGAGAAGAAUUUGCGUUAUUGGCAACAGUAUUUACAUAACCUGAGAAGUUUAGAUUUCAAUGUCUAUGCGGAUAAACUAAAAGUUCCUGUACUGGUACCCAUAGGUAGUAGAAUAUUGUUUAGAGGAGUAAUAAAACAUACGAACGAAGUUACAGCUGCGCUUGGUGCCGAUUACUUCACAAAAUGCUCUGUCAAGCAGGCUGAGGUAUUGAGGGACCACCGCAUGAAAGAUGCUCAAGCCAAAGUAAAUGCUUUGAUAAAAGAAAAAGAAUAUCUUGAGAGUCAACUUUCAUUCAACAAACAAAAUGUUGUUGAUGUUAGUGGUCAUGAAAUUGUUGAAGAAUACAAUGAAGCAGAGGAUAAACUCUGGAGAGAAAAACAUAGACAAAAUAUGAAAAACUACAUACAGAAUAAAGCAAAAACCAAUGAUGUAAAUGAAACCAAUGUAACUGAUGAAGAACUCUGGGAAAGACUAGAAGAGCUAGAACUCCAAGAAGAACUUGAGAAUGAAAUGCAAAAUAUGAAUGUAGUUGAAAAGACAGAAGUCUGUGACAAUUCAUCAGCAAGGAUAGAACCAGACAAUAAUGCAUUAGUUGAAAUUAAUAAAGGGUCUCACCAUAAUCAUGAUCAUAUGGUUACUACUGAAGAUUCAAGUCAUAUACAAGACAUAGAAAAGUCAAAGUAUAAUCUAAUACAAAAAGUUUUAGAAAAACAGCAAGAGUUAGAAGAAAAACUUUUUGAACUAAAGCAUAAAGAGAGAGGUCAAAGUAGGACAGAAAAUGAUUUACUAGCCAAACUGGAUGAAAUGGAAGAGCUAGAUGAACUUGAAGAUGAAAUGGAUAGAUUAGAUAAUCUUCUUGAAAAUGGGAAUAUUGAAGACGAUGAUGAAGAAGAAGGGAUACAUGGAAAAGAAGAUGUAAAGCGACCAGAAAAGAUUAAAAGAAGCACAUCAUUUGCUGAUGAAGAUGAUAGUGAAUGCUUAGAAUUAACAUUUAAACAUAGUGAUACAAGUCCAAACACUGAUCCCUAUGAUCCCAAGAAAGGUAUUAUGAAACCCAGUGAUUUAUAUGAAGCUUACAAAAACAAUUUCACUACUAAAACAUCAAUAUUAAAGAAAAGCAAAUAUAACAGUGAUAUCACAAUCCCUGAUGGUAAAAAAUCUGUUGCUUUUGCGGAUGCAACAGCAUCUAAAGAGAUAAGAGAAAUUCAGGAAGAGAAAAAAACAAUACUGAUAAAAGAUAUUCAGGAAAAGAAGAAUGAUGAUAUAAGUACGUUGGAGAAUAGUGGGAGGCCUAUUAGUCUUUUUAAGAUGAGAAGACAACAAAAUAAAAAAUAAAAUAAAGGAAAACUAAGCUUUUUUUCAUGAAAAUUAAAGGUAUUUUUAUAUUA